AUGCAGAGCAAACUUGUCUUCCUCUCUGCCAUGCUGGCUUUUGGCUCCGCCUCCUUUCUCUCAGAGCAGGAGGGCAAACAUCUUGAGGACGGCUUGGAGCUGAUUCCCCGGGUCCCAAAGCUCAACAACCAAAUCCGCAGUCCUGUUCCGGUCCAGGACAUCCUGGCCUAUCCCAAUCUCCCGGAGGAGCUUCGAAAGAGGGCAGCAAACACAGACCAGGCAUGCUUCGCCAUCACUGGCGAUGCUUGUGAAGAUGCAAUCAGCUUCCUUUCCUGCACUGCGGAUACAGAUUCUGGAGAGUGUGUCCUUGGUGCACGGUGUGUCGUCACCUUUGAAGAUUGUUCUCCUGAGGUCAAAUUGCAGGCUCGCCAGGAUGGUGGCGGUUCGCCUUUCGAUCCUGAACUCUAUCUCCGAUCCCCAGACGAUGCGGACACUGCCCUUAGCAUUGAGCUGAUGCAGCCCGCCGUCGCCGGCUCAAAUGCAAUUGAUGAAUAUCGUCUCGAGGCUCGACAGGAUCCCAAGAUCAGUGAGGAGAUCCAGGCUGCCAUGCCGGCUGAAGUCAGGGACGCCAUGCUCAACGAUCCCGAUGCUGCAGAGUCUCUGGCGAAGGAAUUCUCUGGCGGUUCGAAGCCGCGGUGGUAUGCCCGACUGCCUGCGAGCGUCACCAAUUACUAUGCCACCAUCACACCCCCGCCCACCAUGACCGGCUACGCCAUCAAAGAGGCAACAACAAAUGACCCAGAGAAGCAAAGUCUUGACAACUGGGUGGCCUCCAUUCAGGGUUACAAGGAUCUCAUUGCUUCCGUCUCUCGGGAUGCCGCUGCGGAGUCAGAUACGGCCAGAAGGUUGUCCAGGGCAGCGUCGGAAAAGUCCAAGUGGGCCAGCGAAGAGAGGGAUGGACAAUUACAAACCAGCGCGUGGGAGCAAUCAAGACUGGCUGGAUCUAUGUCUCGCCAUGCUGCCGCUGAAUCAAGCUAUGCUGCCUCAGCGUCUCGAUCAGCAUAUGGGAAAAAGGCACAGACAGGACAAGGGAGUGGUGCAUUCACCACCGACGUGAGGUUGGCACUAGGUUCAAGCAUUUUUGGGGCUGUGGUGUGUCUUGGGUUGGCCUUUGGUCUGUGA